UGAUAUUCUGAUUGAAUCGGCCCAGUUUGUAUUAGUUGGACGAAGAGAAGAGGAAGACGGAGAAAUGUGUUAGAACCGUAACUGCGGAUACAAGCGUUUCACUGCUCUAUUAUGGCUGAUGCGGAGUGAUUUGAGGUCCGGCCCGCCGCGCAAAAUCGUGACCGCUUAUGCGUCUCCGACGCCUGAAUCUUACAAGGCUGCAUUUACAAGGAUGUCUCAGCUGAUAACUGCGCGAGGAUGCGUCCGCUGAAUGUACUCAAACAGGGCGUCUGUUGCAAUGAUGAAGGGUUCUUGUUUUUUGUUUUGAAUACAGGCCACCCACAGAAUCACUGCAACGCCUGCUAUGGACAACUUUAACGCUCCUCUCGUCCACCGUUUCUAUGAAGAACAUUGCGCAGUGCAGUGAAAAGGGUACAUCGUUUUGUGGCUGUCGAACUGGGGUUGAAUAUAUUACCUAAUCAGCCGGAAUUCAUUUGGGUAUAAAUUCCCAGUGCAGCCCAUAAACACACUACAUAACGUGUCGGCGCACCGUCAAUGUGAGGAGCUUCGUCCAGUGGUGAGAGCCACUCUCCGAGGGUACAGAUGAGAGGCAAACAAUAUCAUCAGCCACUGAAGUUGACAGCGCCUUGGGAGAAGGAUGCAGGCUUUGGAAGGAAGCUUAAAACAUACAGGAAUCAUACCAAGAUAAUAGCACAACCUGGGAUCGUGAUGAAAGUGCUGCGCAGGAAGAGGAUUGUGUUAUUUCUGGCCUAUUUCUUACUGCUGGUGCUCACUAUGCUUAACUUGGCUAAUUAUAAAUGGACUAAGGAGCCACAGCAGUGCAAUCAUCAGAUGAGGAGCACCACUUAUCAGAGUAGAUCUGACAUUCGUUUCCUGUACAGGCCCUCUCUGGCUAAGAAGAGGCAGCUUAUCUAUGUGCUGACCACCUGGAGGUCAGGCUCUUCCUUUUUUGGGGAGCUGUUUAACCAAAAUCCAGAAGUGUUCUUCUUGUAUGAGCCAAUGUGGCACAUCUGGCAGAAACUUUACCCUGGUGAUGCUGUGUCAUUACAAGGGGCAGCCAGGGACAUGCUCAGCUCCUUGUACCGCUGUGAUCUGUCUGUUUUCCAACUUUACAACAGCCCCGGAGGUAAGAAUUUUACCUCCCUAGGACUGUUUGGGGCCACCCUCAAUAAAGUGGUGUGUUCAUUUCCCCUCUGCUCAGCCUACAGGAAAGAGGUGGUGGGGAUGGUGGAUGAUAAAGUGUGUAAAAAGUGCCCCCCUCAAAGCCUUAGACUGUUGGAGGAGGAGUGCCUCAAAUAUAGCACCAUAGUCAUUAAAGGGGUCCGCAUUUUGGACGUAAAUGUGUUGGCCCCACUCAUGGAGGAUCCAUCAUUGGAUUUGAAGGUGAUACAUUUGGUUAGAGACCCACGGGCAGUAGCCAACUCCAGGAUCAAAUCCAGACAUGGUCUGAUAAGGGAGAAUUUACAGGUGGUCCGCAGCAGAGACCCCAAACUUCGUCGGAUACCUUUUGUGGAUCCUGGGCACAAAACCACCAAGAAGGAUGGCUCAGACUACCACUCAAUUGGAGCCAUGGAGGUGAUCUGUGACCGCACCUCCAGGACUUUGAGGACCGCCUUAAACCCACCCAGCUGGCUCAAGGGGAAGUACAUGGCCGUACGUUACGAAGACCUGGUCGAAAAUCCAGUUAAGACUUUGAGGAGUGUCUACCGCUUUGCCAACCUCACCACCAACCAUGACAUUGAGAUGUUUGCUUUGAACAUGACCAGUGGCUCCAGUUCCUCAUCUAAGCCAUUUAUAGUCUCCUCCAGGAAUGCCACACAAGCUGCUAGUGCAUGGAGAACAGUGCUCAGCAUCCAACAGAUCAAACAAGUGGAAGAUUACUGCCACCACUCCAUGUCCGUUCUAGGGUACGAGAGAGUGAGAACGGCCGGGGAGGCCAAGGACUUGAGCAAAUCACUACUGACACACUCCAAACUGUGAAAACAUUCUCACCACCAAAGACCAUUUCAUUUAAUGUUCAUUUUGCAUAGAGUGCCGUUUCCUUAUAUUGUGGAAUUAAAGCUUUACUGUAAAUCUGUGUUCCUGGAGCUACAUUGGCUGCGUUUGGAAUGUAUUGCCAGUCGGGCAGUUGUAGCUGUAUUUGAAGGGACCGCUUCUUUUAUACUGGAACACCGGAUGGGUUUGACAAUGCAAGGUUGAAGAACAGUGACUUGAAAAGUGAAGCUGCAACUAUCAAAAAAAAAAACAAACAAAAAAAAAACUGUAUAAUUCAUGUAACUUGUUAUGAUGACACUACAAAGUGGAUGUUUUGGGGUUAUUUUUUUUUGAAUGUUCAGAAUCUUUAAAAAAAAAAAAAAAAUCUAUGUUUUUCCAGUCUUCAUACUGUCUGUAAAAGUGAAAAUAGUAAGGAAAGUUAAAAAAUAAAUAAAUAAAAGAGAACUGAUUUAAACAACAACAAAAAAAUGAUUGCUAACGUUAAUUUUUGAGAUAUGGUUGAUGUCUGAGACAAUCAUUGAAUUGGUUUCUUGUGCCAUAGUUAGAGGUGUCAUCUGAAGAGCAGUAGUACUAUCUCAAGCUUUUAAAAAAGGGGGAUGUUUUGAUUAUUACUAUUUUUUUGUUUUUUUUUCUUGCCAAGUCCUCAUAGGAUGAUAUCAUACACUGUGGACAAUGUCAUAACUCUGGCGCUGAAAAAGUCUCUCUCAGUGUUGGUGUGAGCAGUCUGUUCUACCAUUUCAAAUGUUUACAAUUGCUUGCUCUUAUGGAAACACAUCUGGGAAUAUUGCAUUGAGUAAAGUUCACAGUUAACAACU